UGCAGCGCCCUCAGGCUUGUAACGUUUGUAUAGGUUAAUUCCAGUUAAUACAUGCUCAUCCAUUAUUAUCUGCUCUGAUCCACGCUGUAGUUCACUUUAGAAUAAUUUUAUAUUCGUUCUUGUUAAAAUGGAAAUGUAAGAAUUAUUUGUUAAGUUUAUAAUAAUUUAACAUAUAUAAAACGUCAUUGCAUACUUAGCAAUUGAAAAGUGCAAGGGCAAGAAACGAAAAUGGGUGACAUAAAAUCUUUCUUCCACCAGUGGUGUGCGAAGAAUGGGAAAGAACCACAGUUUGAUGUUAGACCAACGGGACCGAAGCACAGACAACGUUUCCUCUGCGAAUUACGUGUGCCUGGAUGUGACUAUGUCGGUGCAGGAAAUUCAACUAAUAAAAAGGACGCGCAAGGAAACGCUGCUAAGGAUUAUGUUAACUACUUAGUCCGUACAAAUUGUGUAAAUCCAAACGAUGUACCGAAAGACACUGUAGCUUCGCAAGCAAUGACACCGGAUAACAUCAAGACGGAAGUCUCAACUCCGAUGAAAUCGGUGUUUCAAGGAGGUAUGGGACCAAAUGACAUCGGUCAAGCCUACAGGCCUUACAACGAACAUGGUCAAAGUAACUACACAUACAUGGAUAGACUGGCUGAUCAGAAAAAAGUGGAAGAUGCGGAGGAUGUUGACGUGAAUUCUGGCAUACAUGGGAAUUGGACAAUAGAAAAUGCCAAGUCCAAACUUCAUCAAUUUAUGCAAACUAACAAAAUUAAUGCUGAUUACAAAUAUACCCCAGUCGGUCCAGAUCAUACGAGGAGUUUUAUGGCAGAAAUGUCAAUUUAUGUCAAGCAACUUGGACGAAGUGUAACUGGUCGUGAAACUGGAUCAAACAAACAAACAGCUUCGAAAAGUUGUGCUUUGUCUAUUGUGCGCCAAUUGUAUCAUCUGGGUGUUAUUGAACCAUUCAGUGGUACAUUAAAAAAGAAUAAAGAUGCUGAACAGAUAAAACCUUACCCUGUUAAAAUUUCACCGGAACUGGAAAGUCAGAUUCAAGAAGUCUUAUCGAAUUUAGAUAUAAAACCAAUUGAUGUUCAUCUAUGGAGUUCAGUGCCUCCAAAAGAAGAAAAUAGCACAUCAAGUACUGGCGUUUCUUUGUUGACUAAUCAAGUUUUGGACGACUUUAUAUCUUCCGUGCCGCAACCCGCUGGUGUUGUGAGCUGGUCGCCUCCUCAGCCAAAUUGGAAUCCAUGGACCGGAUGCAAUAUCGACGAAGGACCGUUGGCGACAAUAUCUCUGGAUCAAUUGUCGGAAGAUUUGAUGAACGAGCAGCGCGAUAAAUUACAGCAGGAUUCCAGUUUGCAGACGAGCAUCAAAGAAAGAUCAAACCUGCCUGUUUUCCCCAAGAAAAAGGAAAUCAUGUACGCCAUUAAUGAAAAUCCGAUCAUUAUUAUACGUGGAAAUACGGGCUGCGGUAAAACUACCCAGGUUUGUCAAUUCAUUUUGGACGAUUACAUCGCGUCCGGCCAGGGUGCGUAUUGCAGUAUAGUUGUCACGCAGCCCAGAAGAAUCUCAGCUGUGUCCGUGGCCGACAGAGUCGCCGUCGAGAGAUGCGAGGCGCUGGGACAAUCGGUCGGAUAUUCCGUACGAUUCGAGUCGUGUUUGCCAAGACCCUACGCCAGCAUAAUGUUUUGCACCGUGGGUGUGCUUUUGAGGAAACUGGAGGGUGGUCUCAGAGGCGUGUCGCAUGUUAUAGUCGACGAGAUUCACGAGCGAGACGUCAAUUCGGAUUUCAUCAUGGUAGUGCUGCGAGACAUGAUCCACCUUUACCCCGAGCUCAGGAUCAUUCUUAUGUCAGCUACCAUCGAUACGACGUUGUUCAGCGAGUACUUCAACAAUUGUCCUGUGGUGGAGGUUCCAGGUAGAGCGUUUCCUGUGAAGCAGUAUUUCUUGGAAGACUGCAUAGAGCUCACAGGUUUUAUUCCGCCGACGACUUCUGGGAAACGCAAGUCUAAGGACUCGGACGAGCUUCCGACGGACGGCGAGCCGGAGGAAAAUCUGAACAAAGUCAUCGGCAGUGUCUACUCUAUGGAGACGAAGAAUGCUAUGGCACAACUGACGGAGAAGGAGAUCAGCUUCGAGUUAAUAGAGGCGCUACUCAAAUAUAUCAAAGAACAGAAUCUCGGGGGCGCUGUUUUAAUCUUUCUCCCUGGCUGGAAUUUAAUAUUCGCUCUGAUGAAACAUCUUCAGCAACAUCCUGUCUUCGGCGGAUCAUCUUACUUUAUUAUUCCUCUACACUCGCAAUUGCCGAGAGAAGAUCAGCGUAAAGUCUUCGAUCCCGUACCGUCUUCUGUAACGAAGAUCAUCUUAUCCACGAACAUAGCUGAAACUUCGAUUACGAUCAACGACGUCGUUUACGUCAUAGAUUCCUGUAAAGCCAAAAUGAAGCUGUUUACUUCGCAUAACAAUAUGACCAAUUACGCGACUGUUUGGGCGAGUAAAACAAAUUUGGAGCAACGCAAAGGCAGAGCAGGUCGCGUCAAGCCCGGUUUUUCUUUCCAUCUGUGCUCAAAAGCCCGAUUCAAUAAGAUGGAUGAACAUAUGACACCGGAAAUGUUCAGGACGCCUCUGCAUGAGCUGGCGUUGAGCAUUAAAUUAUUAAGAUUAGGCAACAUCGGACAAUUCUUGUCGAAGGCAAUCGAGCCGCCUCCUAUCGACGCCGUGAUCGAAGCGGAGGUCAUAUUGAGAGAAAUGAAAUGCCUGGAUAAGAACGAUGAAUUAACACCCCUCGGCAAGAUCUUGGCGCGUCUGCCGAUAGAACCGCGUCUGGGAAAAAUGAUGAUCCUGGGAUGCAUGUUUCGUGUGGGAGAUGCGCUCUCGACGAUGGCCGCGAAUAGCACUACUUUCCCCGAGGUGUACAACAUGGGCCCCGAUGCGAGAAGACUCACCGCCCAACAAAAGUGGUUUGCCGGCGCGAGGUACAGUGACCACGUCGCGAUGUUUCACGCUUUCCAAGCGUGGGAGGAGGUGAGAAGCGGCGGUGAAUACGCGGAGCAGGCAUUCUGCGAGUCGAAGAAUUUGAGCGUGCCCACUUUGCGAAUAACUUGGGAAGCUAAGAAUCAACUACAGGCGUUAUUGCAAAGCGCCGGUUUCCCCGAGGAGACUCUAUGCCCGACCCCGCUGAAUUAUCAAGCAGGCUCGGAUCCGCGUCUCGAUACUAUUACCGCGCUGUUGUGCAUGGGUCUCUAUCCCAAUGUGUGCUACCACAAGGAAAAGCGGAAGGUUCUCACUACAGAAUCGAAGGCCGCAUUGAUUCACAAAACGUCAGUGAACUGUAGCAAUUUUGAGCAGAACUUUCCGUUUCCAUUCUUCGUGUUCGGCGAAAAGAUUCGUACGAGAGCUGUGUCCUGCAAGCAAAUGACCAUGGUGUCGCCUAUCCAUUUGUUGCUAUUCGGAUCUCGGAAAGUGGAAUACAUUGACGGCAUGAUUAGACUGGAUAAUUGGAUCAACUUGGACAUGAAUCCGCAACAUGCGGCGGCUAUAGUCGCUCUGCGACCCGCUUUAGAGAGUCUUGUGAUCAGAGCGUCGAAAGAUCCAGAAACAAUCCUGGAGUUGAGCCCCACCGAGGAAAAGGUUUUGAGCGUGAUCAAGUCAUUAUGCGGUAUGAACGCUUGCCGUUACGAACUGGAGCAGAUAACUGGCGGCGGUUUCCAAUCGCGUCGUCCACCAAAAGGCCACUCAAUCGGUUUUUCCGCUAAUAAUCCAUCUCCUCCGAAAAUGAUGCGUACAAAUGACAGUUAUCGUGGACCAUCAAACGCGAACAGUGGUAAUUAUAGCGGUGGCAAUAGUAAUUUCGGUGGUUAUCAAGGCAGAGGCUACAAUAGAAGCUACAACAGAGGAUAUGGAAUGCGUGGUCGAGAUAGAAACUGGGGCGGCGGCAGAGGCGAGUUUCGCGGACGCUAUUUUAAUUAGUGGAUGUAUUUGUGAUACCAUCAUCAUGACACAUAUUUAUUACUACUAUUUACAUUAUAUUUAAUCACUUUGGUGUAAACUUGCGUUCGAUAUUAUGGUGUUAACUUGCGUACGAUAAAAAUCAUGAUUUGACAAAGAAACAGAUAAAUAUUUAUCUUUAAAAAAUAAUUUCUUAUUGUCUUGAUAUCACGGCCGCAUUUACCAUAAGGCGCAUUAGGCGCAAACUGGGGCCUCAUCUUAAAAUCUUACUCCUCACAAAUGACAAUAUAAAAAAGUCUAGUUAUAGUUGCAAAAUAAAAUACUUUUAAAUAUUAAAUUCAUAAUAUAAAAACUAGAGGCAGCUGAAAAAUUUGUAAUCGGUAGUUGUUUAUUAAAUUUCGCCUUUUUACAUGUAAUGCAUGUCGACUUUUAUUUUCAAUAAACUUAAAAAAAAAAUGCGUAUGAAUUUGAUUAACUGAAAUAGACUUGUCCUUUUGAGGCCUCAUAAUGAUGUUGCACCUAGGAUCUCUAAAAGUAUAAAUGCGGCCCUGCUUGAUAUACUGUGAAUGUGAUUUCACAAAUAAAUUAGAACCAGCAUAUGAAAAAGAAGUGUAAUUAUAAAAAUAAAUAUAUAAUGUGUGCAUCGACGUUUUUAGAGUAUGUUUUGUAUGUUAGAUUAAUAUACUCUAAUAUACUUCAAAAACUCUAAUUUGUUCAUUAGUGUAGAAAUUGCAGUGCCAUGUCUCCCCCCAAAAAAGGAACAAAUUUUUAAUCAGAUAUAGAUCCCGCAAUAUGUUAGCGUAACCGGAAAUUAUAAAGUGAGCCUUAAAAGGAUUGGAGUAGUUCACUAUGGAAGAGAGAGCUAUAUUGGAUUGGGACUUCAAUGUCAUGUUUGUUUUUGUUUUUAAUAUCCCCAUCAUACACUGUAAUAAAUGUGGAAGAAGGACAGAUUCUCUCCCGUCUACUAUUGCUAUUCGCGAAUUACACAUUGGUUUUUACGAGAAAGGCUCACUCAUCAAACAAACGUGGCAAUAGCCAGUUAUCCGAAAAUGCCAGUAAGGAAAGAACAAGAAUUCAAGUAACGAUAUGAAAUGGUAUUUCUUGAGUCGCGUGUGAUAGAAGUAAUAAGUAUAGAUUUAUACAGAUCUCUUUUGUGCAAUAGAUUAACACUUUGCAAGAAUUAAGGAAGAUAAAACCGUUGAAACAAUGAUUGAUCAACUGGAAUGGAAGCCAAUGGAAAAAACAAUAAACGAGAACUGUAAGGAAGCAUUUAAAAAGUUGGAGAAGAUCUUGCAAAACACAGAAUGUUCCAAGAAGACGCGAUUAAUGCACUAUGAGCAGAAAGUACAAAAUUGUAUAAGGGAACAGUUAGAUAACAUAGUGGCUGAAGCACAAUCAAAGAAGCUAUUGUUAAAAACCAUAGAGGAUUGGAAAAAGCGAGAAAAUAUGAAAAUUGGAACAAUGAUUGAUCAUCCAAAAUGGAAGCCAGGAAGUCAAUGGAAAAAAUGAUUAAUAAGGCAGUUAAGAUGACACUCAAUGAGUUGCAGGAUUAGAAAGACAUAGGAAGCCCCAAUGAGACACAGUUAGAGUAUUACAAACAAGUGCAGAAUCAUAUAAAGGAUCUGCUACAUGACAUGAUAGCCGAAACACGAUCUAAGAAAGAGCAGUUGUGCAACAACAUACAUUCUAAAGAAUUAAACCUGGAUAUAUUAGUUGUUUGCUUUAACAAUUCUUGAACGAGUUUCGAGAGAUUCUUGAGUUCC